AACCAAACGUAACAACACGAGAAACACGACGUUCCGCCACUUGGCUCCGCCCCGUCCCCAUUUCGACACCCCCAAACCCAAACACUCUCCACCAGCUCUCUCUCACUCUCUCUCGCCGCCCCCAUCAUGGACUCGGCCACCGGCGCCGGCGCCGCCGAAAUCGCCUUCGACUCGCCCUUUUUCCGCAUCUACAAGGACGGCCGGGUCGACAGGUUCCAGGGCACCGACACCGUCCCUCCCUCCCUCGACCCGCAAACCGGCGUCCAGUCCAAGGACGUCCGCCUCUCCUCCGACCCCGACCUCUCCGUCCGCCUCUUCCUGCCUCGGUCCUCCGUCGAUCCGGCCCGCAAGCUCCCCCUCCUCGUCUACGUCCAUGGCGGCGCCUUCUGCAUCGAGUCCCCCUCCUCUCCCAUCUACACCAGGCACCUCAACGCCGUCGCCUCCGCCGCGGGGGUCCUCGCCGUCGGCGUGCAGUACCGGUGGGCGCCGGAGCACCUGCUCCCUGCCGCCUACGAGGACGCGUGGGCCGCGGUCCGGUGGGUCGCUGCGCACGCCCUGGGGGAGAGAGGGGCCGAGGCCGAGCCGUGGCUCCGCGACCGCGCGGAUUUUAACAGGGUGUUCCUCGCCGGCGACAGCGCCGGGGCCAACAUCGCUCAGCACGUGGCCGCGCGGGCCGGGGUGGAGGGGCUGCCGGGGCUGAGGAUCGUGGGCGUGGCGCUGGUGCACCCGUUUUUCAGGAACGACGAGCCUGAUAAGCUGAUGGAGUUGAUAUUCCCCUCGAGCUCGGGCACGACGGACCCGCGGAUGAACCCGGCGUACAACCCGAACUUGGGGAGGAUGGCGGGGCAGAGGGCGGUUGUGUUCGUGGCGGAGAAGGACCAUCUGAGGGAGAGGGGGCGGUCGUACUACGAGGCGUUGAAGAAGAGUGGGUGGGAAGGGGCGGUGGAGAUUGUGGAGACUGAAGGAGAGGGUCACGUGUUUCACCUGUUCAAGCCGGGAUGCGACAAGGCCGCGGAACUGGUGAAGAAGUUCGCUUCUUUCCUGAAUCAGCAGGAAUCAGGAGCGAGGCAGUGUCUGUAAUUUGUCGUUAAGCGUCAGCUUAAUCUCGGUUGGGUUGAUAAAUAAGUCAUCGAUCAUCAGUUUGACAGUCAUCAAUCGUCAGCUCUAGCUCGAGUUCGAGUCGGCAUUACUAGAUCAAAGCUUUGCUGGGUCGAGUCUGCUCUGUUCCUUCUUUGUCCCCUCGCGGAGAACAGAGGUGCUUGAUCGCACAAGAAAGCUUAUUCCAUUUAUGCGUGUCUCUUAUCAGCUUCUACAUGAAGUGAAUUCAGGAUCAAAUA